ACGAACGCUGGAAAGCUGAAUUGUGGUAACCAUGGUAACGGGGAGAGGAAGCGCGACUCUCUUUCGUGGCCUCUGGGGAGGCGCGGCCGGAACGCUUUGAGGAAGUUGGGCCUUUCAGCCACGCCGUAGGUCGCGAGGCAUGCUGGGCCUCGGCAAUAUGGCGUCCUCCUUGAUGUGCUGAUGAGAGGAGUUUCACUGUGGUUUCAAACCAGAGGGCAAAACUGCCCAAACCCAAGAAGUCCACGUUACCCAUUUCCUCCGCGGCUCCGUGUUGCCCGUUUCUCAGGACUCGUUCUCAGGCAGGAGAGAGCUACGGGGCCGAAGGCCAGGGCGGGCCGGGCCGCGCGGACCUGGGGCUGAGGAGCCGGCUGCGGGCGAGCACGAUGGGCCGGUCCUGGCUCCCGUUGCAGCAGCUCUGGCGAGUGCGGGACCCGCAAGGCUGAGAGUAGCCGGAGGAGACCCGAGGCGCUCGGAACCUCUUCCCCGUGGCCGGAGACAGCCCGGUCGGCGAGCCGGCAUCAGGGGCUGGCGGCCUGCCUGUCCUCGGAUCGGCCGCGGCGUCGGAGGCCUGAAGUCUCCCGCGCCCUUGACAGCCCGCGCGCAGCCCCCCGGGCGCUGACGGGCUCAGAGGCGGGCCGCGGCUCAGCAUCUGGGGCCGCCUGUGUCUGUGCGCUCCCGGGCCGCCCCAUUUCCCACCCGCCCUGCCCAGCCCUUCCGACUUCCCGCGCAGAGUUAGAGCCCGGGGGCUCCGCACACUCUCCAUUCAUUUCUCUUCCUACUCCUUCCCUUUCUGUUUCUUAUUUCGCCCAUUCUGGUACACACUAGUUUUUAAGGCUGGAGGUUCUCGAGCGCUUGCUUCCAAGGACUCCCCCACCUCCUCCCCCCGUAAUGGAGUCCGAGAUGCUGCAGUCGCCUCUUCUGGGCCUGGGGGAGGAAGACGAGGCCGACCUUACGGACUGGAACUUGCCUUUGGCUUUUAUGAAAAAGAGGCACUGUGAGAAAAUUGAAGGCUCCAAAUCCUUAGCUCAGAGCUGGAGGAUGAAGGAUCGGAUGAAGACUGUCAGUGUCGCCUUAGUCUUGUGCCUGAAUGUCGGCGUGGACCCUCCAGAUGUGGUGAAGACCACCCCCUGUGCGCGUUUAGAAUGCUGGAUUGAUCCUCUGUCCAUGGGUCCUCAGAAAGCGCUGGAAACCAUCGGUGCAAAUUUACAGAAGCAGUAUGAGAACUGGCAGCCACGGGCCCGGUACAAGCAGAGCCUCGAUCCCACCGUGGACGAGGUGAAGAAGCUUUGCACGUCUCUGCGCCGGAAUGCCAAGGAGGAGCGGGUUCUCUUCCACUACAACGGCCACGGGGUGCCCAGGCCCACGGUGAAUGGGGAGAUCUGGGUCUUCAACAAGAACUACACGCAGUACAUCCCCCUGUCUAUAUAUGACCUGCAGACCUGGAUGGGCAGCCCGUCCAUAUUUGUCUACGACUGCUCCAACGCUGGCCUUAUCGUCAAGUCCUUCAAGCAGUUUGCUCUGCAGAGGGAGCAGGAGCUGGAGGUCGCCGCGAUCAACCCGAACCAUCCCCUCGCCCAGAUGCCUCUGCCCCCGUCCAUGAAGAACUGCAUCCAGCUGGCGGCCUGCGAGGCCAGCGAGCUCCUGCCCAUGAUGCCCGACCUCCCGGCCGACCUGUUCACGGCCUGCCUCACCACCCCCAUCAAAACCGCCCUGCGCUGGUUUUGCAUGCAGAAAUGCGUUAGUCUGGUGCCUGGAGUCACACUGGAUUUGAUAGAAAAGAUUCCUGGCCGGCUGAAUGACAGGAGGACUCCUCUGGGCGAGCUGAACUGGAUCUUCACAGCGAUCACAGACACCAUCGCGUGGAACGUGCUCCCUCGGGAUCUCUUCCAAAAGCUCUUCAGACAGGACCUGCUGGUGGCUAGUCUGUUUCGAAAUUUCCUAUUGGCAGAAAGGAUCAUGAGGUCAUAUAACUGCACGCCUGUCAGCAGCCCACGCCUGCCCCCCACGUACAUGCAUGCAAUGUGGCAGGCCUGGGACCUUGCCGUGGACAUCUGUCUGUCUCAGCUGCCUACGAUCAUCGAGGAAGGCACUGCAUUUCGGCACAGCCCAUUCUUCGCUGAGCAGCUGACUGCCUUCCAGGUGUGGCUCACGAUGGGCGUGGAGAACAGAAACCCCCCUGAACAGCUUCCCAUUGUUCUGCAGGUGCUGUUGAGCCAGGUGCACCGGCUGAGAGCCCUGGAUCUGCUGGGAAGAUUUUUGGACCUGGGCCCCUGGGCGGUGAGCCUGGCCUUGUCUGUGGGAAUUUUCCCCUACGUGCUGAAACUGCUGCAGAGCUCGGCCCGAGAGCUUCGGCCUCUUCUUGUUUUCAUCUGGGCAAAGAUCCUUGCCGUGGACAGUUCGUGCCAAGCUGACCUGGUGAAGGACAAUGGCCACAAGUACUUCCUGUCGGUGUUGGCGGACCCCUACAUGCCGGCCGAGCACAGGACCAUGACGGCGUUCAUCCUCGCUGUGAUCGUCAACGGCUACACCACCGGGCAGGAAGCCUGCCUCCAGGGAAACCUGGUUGCCAUCUGCCUGGAGCAGCUCGACGACCCCCACCCCUUGCUGCGCCAGUGGGUGGCCAUCUGCUUAGGACGGAUCUGGCAGAACUUUGACUCUGCCCGGUGGUGUGGGGUGAGGGACAGUGCCCACGAGAAGCUCUGCAGCCUCCUGUCCGACCCCAUCCCUGAGGUGCGCUGUGCGGCUGUCUUCGCCCUCGGCACGUUUGUGGGCAACUCUGCGGAGAGGACUGACCAUUCGACCACCAUCGACCACAACGUGGCCAUGAUGCUGGCCCAGCUGAUCAGCGAUGGGAGCCCCGUGGUCCGGAAGGAGCUGGUGGUGGCACUGAGUCACCUCGUGGUUCAGUAUGAAAGCAAUUUCUGCACCGUGGCCCUGCAGUUCAUGGAAGAGGAGAAGAACUACCCCUUGCCGUCUCCGGCGACCACAGAGGGCGGGAGCCUGACCCCCGUGCGGGACAGCCCGUGCACCCCCAGACUGCGCUCUGUGAGCUCCUACGGGAACAUCCGGGCCGUCGCCACAGCCAGGAGCUUGAACAAGUCUUUGCAAAAUCUGAGCUUGACUGAAGAAUCUGGCAGCACCGUGGCAUUCUCCCCGGGGAACCUGAGCACCAGCAGCAGUGCCAGCAGUGCCCUGGGCAGCCCGGACCACGAGGAGUACAUCCUGUCCUUUGAGACCAUCGACAAGAUGCGCCGCGUCAGCUCCUACUCGUCACUCAACUCCCUCAUCGGGGUUUCUUUUAAUAGUGUCUACACUCAAAUCUGGAGAGUCUUACUGCAUCUGGCUGCAGACCCCUACCCGGAUGUUUCCGAUCUGGCCAUGAAAGUGCUCAAUGGCAUUGCCUGCAAGGCCACAGUGAACGCCCGGCCCCAGCGCAUCCUCACUGCGUCCUCACUCACGCAGUCGGCGCCCGCCAGCCCCACCAACAAGGGCAUCCACAUUCACCAGGCGGGAGGCUCCCCGCCCACCUGCAGUGCCAGCAGCUCCAGCCUGACCAACGACGUGGCCAAGCAGCCCAUCAGCCGGGACCUGCCUGCUGGCCGGCCUGGCACCACCGGCCCCACGGGAGUGCAGUACACACCCCACUCCCACCAGUUCCCCCGGACGCGCAAGAUGUUUGACAAGGGCCCUGACCAGACCACCGACGAUCCAGAUGAUGCUGCCGGACACAAAAGUUUCAUCUCGGCUGCGGUGCAGACAGGAUUCUGUGACUGGAGUGCCCGAUACUUUGCCCAGCCUGUCAUGAAGAUCCCAGAGGAACAUGACCUGGAGAGUCAGAUCCGCAAGGAGCGGGAAUGGCGGUUCCUGCGCAACAACCGCGUCAGAAGGCAGGCGCAGCAGGUCGUCCAGAGGGGCAUCACAAGGCUGGACGACCAGAUCUUUCUGAACAGGAACCCCGGCGUCCCCUCCGUGGUCAAGUUUCACCCCUUCACGCCGUGUGUGGCCGUGGCGGAUAAAGACAGCAUCUGUUUCUGGGACUGGGAGAAGGGCGAGAAGCUGGAUUACUUCCACAAUGGGAACCCUCGCUACACCAGGGUCACCGCCAUGGAGUAUCUGAACGGCCAGGACCGCUCGCUUCUGCUCACAGCCACAGAUGAUGGCGCCAUCAGGGUCUGGAAGAAUUUUGCUGAUUUGGAGAAGAAUCCAGAAAUGGUGACUGCUUGGCAGGGGCUCUCAGACAUGCUGCCAACAACUCGAGGUCUGGACCGCAGGGUCUCCGUCUGUCUUGACCGCAGUGAGCAGGGAGGAGCCGGGAUGGUGGUGGACUGGGAGCAGGAGACGGGACUCCUCAUGAGCUCGGGGGACGUGCGGAUCGUCCGGAUCUGGGACACAGACCGGGAGAUGAAAGUGCAGGACAUCCCCACGGGUGCUGACAGCUGCGUGACCAGCCUGUCCUGUGACUCGCACCGCUCCCUCAUCGUGGCUGGCCUGGGCGACGGCUCCAUCCGCGUCUACGACAGAAGGAUGGCGCUCAGCGAAUGCCGCGUCAUGACCUACCGGGAGCACACAGCCUGGGUGGUCAAGGCCUACCUCCAGAAGCACCCCGAGGGCCACAUCAUGAGCGUGAGUGUCAAUGGGGAUGUGCGCUUCUUCGACCCUCGCAUGCCCGAGUCUGUGAACGUCCUUCAGAUCGUGAAGGGGCUCACGGCCCUCGACAUCCAUCCCCAGGCCAACCUCAUCGCAUGCGGCUCCAUGAACCAGUUCACGGCCAUCUACAGCGGCAGCGGCGAGCUCGUCAACAGCAUCAAGUACUACGACGGCUUCAUGGGCCAGCGGGUCGGCGCCAUCAGCUGCCUGGCCUUCCACCCACACUGGCCGCACCUGGCCGUGGGGAGCAACGACUACUACAUCUCCGUGUACUCUGUGGAGAAGCGCGUCAGAUAGCGGGCACCCCAGCCCACUGCCACCGUGUACAUAGUGGGCCCGCCCCGCUGCCCAGGGCCCGAGGACGCCCCGCCGUCUGUCUGUCUGCGCUGUCCCGCCCAGGAGCCAGGGCAGGAGCUCCAAGGGUCCCGGGUGUGACAGCUGCUUCUCUGCUGAGACACAGCUUCCGGGCCGGAGGACAUAGUCCCCGUGCCCCUCCCACCCUCUUUUUCUCCUGAGUUCCUUAAAAGGGGGAAACACUCCUUUUAUUUCCCCAGUGAUCCAAGCAUUAGCUCCAUAGAAGCUCCGAGACGGAGCCACUGGGCCACGUGGAGGUGCGGCCAGCUCGUGGGGAAGGAGGCGACUGGGCACCCGUGCCGCCAAACCGCGGCUUGCCCGCCCCCCACGGCGCGACUUUGGAUUCGAGCGUCAGCCCCUCUUACCCCAGAUCCACUACCAGCCAGGGCCUGGGGCUUUGGGCAGGUGAGGCUGGCCUGUGGCUGUCUGGCCACUGCCUGUGGCCGCAGGGCUCACUCUCCACAGGGCUCCUCCGCAGCCCCACAGCCUCCCCCGUUCCCGUACAGUGGAGCGCACACUGGUGUGCCCCACGGCCUCCCCACCUGUGCUUGCACACGCGUCACACGUGUGCCGUGUGGAGAGCAGGUGAGCCCGAGAGCACCUGUGGGUAACCUGGGCCGUGUCCAGCCCUGUGCCCCACACACUGUGCAGCUCAUGUUUGGUUCUCAUCAUGAGCAACACAGGAGAGUUCCUGGUGGUGGCUUUAGCGAUGUUGGGCGUCAGUAUGUGCCAGUGUGCGGCGGGGGUGCCCCAGGAUAGGCUGGCCCCAGGAGGGGCUGCAGAGCAUGCUGAGCCAGCACAGACAGGCCUCUUAGGAAACAAAACACAACCACAAUUAUGAUAUUUUAAAAAGCAUUUUUCAUUUUCCUUGGGAAUCAGGACUAUUCAGGUAACUGAGUGAGCUGCUUACCUGGUUCUCCCGACAACGGGCUGGGCAGAGGGCUGUGGGAGAGUGGACCCCGCGCUGCAGGUGGCACCCCGUCCCAUGCAUGGCCACAGGGGGCGCGGCCUGGCCAACAGGCAGGAAUCUGCAUGGGUAGAUGCACAAGGCGUCCGUGUCCCCAGCCGGUAGGACCCUGGCCCGGAUUCCAGCCCCACCGUUCUGGGUGAGCAGGCUGCCGGGGCCAGGAAGGCCACGGAGAGCCUGGCUCCCCCAGCUGCCUGCCGGCCCCGCACUGCGGGCCAGGCAGACACCAGAAUCUUCCUGAAGCUGAACCCCACCCAGACACUGAGAGCGUCUGACCCACACCCAGCUGACUCGCGGAGUGACUCACUCCACUCUCUAAGCUCAUGUGCGAUUCCGUUUGCUUUGAGACCAGCCCGCAACGAGGCUGUGUCUUCACAGAUCCGAUGCGAAGAUCCAAUCAUGAGGUUGACUGAGGCUCGAGAGAGCACGGCCUAAAGAUUCACUUAUCUCUAUUUAUUUUACAAAAUAAUAAUUGAAAAAGACAAGGCAACACGGGAUUGUGAUGUGAAAGCAGGAACAAUGACAGACAAGCUGUUAAUAAAAUACACAAAUGCG